AUGGCGGCUAUUGAAAAUAAUGAAGAGGGCCUUUUUAUGGCCUGUUUUGAAGACGUUGCGGCAUUGUUAGAUAUUUGUGAAGAGCAAGACGGCAACAUUGAUCAAAAUGUUAUUGAAUCAGUAAUAAACCAGUAAUAAUCCGCUGUAAAAUUCGUGGAAAAUGUGUUGCCAUCUGUAAACGAAUGUAGAGAUGCUAUAUCUGAGGUUGGAAACAACUUGAAACUCUUAUAUCAUGUGUGGUGUCGCAAACUACAAGAACUUUGGCAGAGAAGUAACACAGCCUGUACUCACUUGGCAGUCUUUUCCAUUAGUCAUCCUGGACAUUGCAUAAGUGCAGGACCAGGAAGGCCUAAAUAUAACAUUGAUGAAGAAGUUUUGUUAAACCUAAGGACUAUUGUUGGUUUCACGUUGGACUAUAUGGCGCUGAGUACGAGAGCUGGAUAUUGUGGCAAGAACUGGGUUUUUUUGGACAUCGGAAAUGAUCAGCUUGAUGAUAUUGUAAGAGCUUUCAUGAAUGUUCAAGGAAUUCUAGUUGGCUAUUCAAUGGUUCAAGGUCACCUGAGAAAUAUGAACAUAAAGAUACAAAGAGAUCGUAUUCGAGCAUCUAUAAAACGAGUUGAUCCUCGCAAUAGUCGUUUGAGAUGGGCAACUCUAAUUUCUAGGCGAAGUUAUUCAGUGGCUGGCCCAAACAGCUUGUGGCACAUAGAUGGUCACCAUAGUUUAAUCACCUGGGGGUUUGUUAUGCAUGGUUGCAUUGACGGUUACUCGCGUUUAAUUUGCUUUUUAAAGUGUGCAACCAAUAACAGGUCGGAAACUGUGGAAAGAUUAUUUUUGCAAAGCAUUGAGAAACAUUCAUGGCCUUCACGCAUCCGCACGGACCAUGGGGGUGAGAAUGUUUUGGUUUGGCAACAAAUGAUUGCGAUGAGAGGUGAAAACAGAGGGUUAGUUCUUGUUGGUAGUUCAACUCGUAACCAGAGAAUUGAGCGUUUAUGGUGUGAUGUCUUUAGAUGCUUUGAAAAUGUAUUCUAUUACACCUUCCAAUCAAUGGAAACCUCUGGUUUGCUUGAUAUUACCAACCCAUUGCAUAUGUUUAUACUUCAUUAUGUCUACCUACCAAGAAUUAAUACCGCAAUUGAAAGUUUUGUUGAUGCUUGGAACAAACAUCCAAUUAGAACAGAAAGAAACUGGACUCCAGAACAAAUAUGGUCAAACAGAAUGAUGAACAGAGUCAAUGAAAGGCUUACUGCUGUAGUGGAUGUACGAGGUGAAAGAGAUAUGGGUGAUGAUGACUUACAGUGGUACGGUACUGAUACAGAUGGGCCUAUACCACCAGAUAAUGGUCUCAAUAG